AUGACAACAGCGGAAGAAGAAAUACGACGCCGAUUGUUGGAUGUAGCACCGGAACCGAAUGAAUCUCUACCAUUUCACGGUCGAGUUCGUUUAGCCCGGAGAAAAAAACCCGAUGCAUGGUAUAUCAAAGCCGCUGAAGGUCUUCUUCUUUGUCUCGGCAUCGGAUUACUUUAUGCAACUUAUUAUCAUUUCGAACAUGUGCAUUUCCAUGUCAAUCGUUUCUAUGCUAAUUUAGGUUACAAAGAAGCCCAGCAUAAUCUCGGACAUAGUUAUAUGCAUGGCGUGGGUGCUGAUCAUCAUUCGGAAUCAGCUGUUUAUUGGCUUAGACAAGCAGCGGAUCAAGGCCAUCCGAAAGCGCAGUAUAAUCUGGCGAUAUCUCAUUUACGUGGAUUUAAUACAGGUCUUCAACCGGGGGAAGCACGUAAGUUGAUUGAACAAGCUGCCAAAGCCGGCAUACCGGAAGCGAUCAAAACUUUGGAAACCAUCUGUGCUCAAGGUGGUUGUGAAAUUUAG